CCUGCAGUGAGAACAUGGGCAGCAUUGAUGGAACGAGGCCGAAGCUGAGCAAAGACAACAAAAAGCUUCUGAAGAAACAAGCCAAGGCCAAGCACAUUCUGCUGAAACAUGAAGGAAUUGAGACUGUGUUGCAUCUAUCCCAGAGCCUGGUGGUUGCCAAUGGAGGACUUGGGAACGGAGUGAGCAGGCAGCAGCUGCUGGCCGUACUAGAGAGGUGUGGGAAAGUGGAAACCCUUCUGAUGCCCCCAAACAAACCCUACGCUUUUGUUACUUACAGCAGUGCAGAGGAGGCCAUCAAAGCUUACAGUUCACUGAGUGGGCAAGAGCUCUGUGGUGAAGACGCAGAACAGCCAAUAACUCUUUACUUGAGUUUUGUUGAGAAAGUUGUUGUUAAAGAGGUGCUGUCACCUUCUUUACCCCCUGGGCUAAUCAUUGUAGAAGACUUUGUCUCUCCUGAGCAGGAAAGAACCAUGCUAGAAAGCAUUGACUGGGACUCUGAAACAUCCAGUCAGAAAUCAUUAAAGCACCGACGAGUGAAGCAUUAUGGCUACGAGUUCCGAUAUGACAACAACAAUGUGGAUAAGGACAAACCAUUACCAGGAGGUCUCCCUGACUUUUGUACUGAAGCACUAAGAAAAUGUGUGCAGAUAGGACUCAUAAAGCACGACCCUGAUCAACUGACUAUCAACCAAUAUGAGCCUGGCCAAGGAAUCCCGCCUCACGUUGAUACCCAUUCUGCCUUUGAAGAUGAGAUCCUAUCCCUCAGCUUGGGUGCAGAGAUUGUGAUGGAUUUCAAACACCCCAAUGGUUCUGUUGUGCCCGUGAUGCUUCCUCAAAGGAGCCUACUGAUCAUGAGCGGAGAAUCUAGGUACCUCUGGACACAUGGGAUCACGCCAAGGAAGUUCGAUGUGAUUCAGGUAUCGGAAGGGCAGACAGUCGGAACAAUUAGUGGAAAUUCUGGGGAAUUAACGUUGAGCAAGAGGAGUACAAGGACAUCCUUCACCUUCAGGAAAGUAAGGCAUAGCCCGUGUGAUUGUGCCUUCCCGUCAGAAUGCGACAGCCAACAAACGCAGAAAGAAAAGUCACCUCCGACGGUGGGAGAGUUGGGAGCUUCAACCUUGGAAAGAGAAUACGUACACAAGGUCUAUGAUGAUAUCGCUGGCCAUUUCAGCAGCACCAGGCAUACACCCUGGCCCAAAAUUGGAGACUUCCUCGCGAGUCUGCCCAAAGGGUCUCUAGUGGCAGAUGUAGGCUGCGGCAAUGGGAAGUACCUUGGUGUAAACAAAGAUCUGUGCAUGAUUGGCUGUGAUCGCAGCAAGAACCUUGUGGACAUCUGUAGAGAGAGAACAUUUGAAGCCUUUGUCUGUGACGCUCUAUCAGUCCCUUUCCGCGCCGGCGCGUUUGACGCAUGUAUUUCCAUAGCUGUCAUUCACCAUUUUGCCACAGAAGAGAGAAGAAUUGCUGCGCUGCAGGAACUGAUCCGGCUGCUCAGGAAAGGAGGCAAAGCGCUCAUUUAUGUUUGGGCCCUGGAGCAGGAGUACAAGAAAAACAAAUCCAAGUACCUAAAGGAAAGCAAAACCAGCCAAGGGCCGAGCUCUGAUGCGCUGGGAACUAAUCUUGCAGUGAAAGCCCCUUUGCCUAUUCACACUAACAGGACGUCCUUUCAUUCCCAGGAUCUCUUGGUUCCCUGGCACCUGAAACCGACCAAUAAGAGUAAAGUCACACCUGAGAAUAAGGAACAGAACGAGAAGGAACACGGACCUGAUUCUGUCUAUCACCGCUUUUAUCAUGUUUUCUGUGAGGGGGAGCUGGAAGCUAUGUGCAACCGACUGAGCAACGUUGCGGUCCAGCACAGUUACCAUGAUCAGGGAAACUGGUGCGUCAUCCUGGAAAAGCUCUAAAAUCCCAUUGCGGCCCAGUUAUCCAUUGACAGUGAUCAUUGUUUUAAUGAACACCGAUCCGUAGGUAUUUAUUUUAACUGGUCAUGGAGCAUGAACUAUUUGUUUUUUUAAUUUCAUCCUCACUGGUGAAUGUGGGGAGUCACCGGGUGCAGAGGUAGCAGCUUAUUUAUAAUCGUACUCCCAGUGCAAGGUGGUAUAAUGGAGAUCUUCCGGUUCCUCUGUGCUGCCUGUGUUUUCAGGCGCAGUAAAUAGGGAGUUUAUAGUCCCAGUUAGAGCAGAGAUAUGUAUCGCAAUAAAGCAAGGCAGGGUCGGACUGGGGUGUGCAAGACCCAUUGGGACUGCUUCCCCAGGGGCCCCCACACCCCCCCCUCUUUUAGUAUGUUAUGAAAUGGCCAAUUCUAAGCAACUUUACAAUUGGUUUUUAUUAUUUAUUUUUUAUAGGUUUUUAAUUAUUUGCCUUUUUCUUCUGAUGCUUUUCAACUUUCAAAUGAGGGUCACUGAUCCCAGUAGCCAAAAACUAUUACUGAGGCUACAAUGUUAUUGUUACUUUUUAUUACUUAUCUUUAUUUUCCUAUUUAUAUAUUAUUCAAACCACUCCCUGGUUUCUAAGGUAGAUUGAACCCUAACAACCAGAUAACUGAAACUCCAAACUGGAGAGUUAAUGAACAAAAAGUAAAAUAAUUACAAACCAAAAA